UAAGACAUUAGGUACUUUAUGGCUUACUGAACGGAAGCCGCCCUGCUAAACAAAUUCUGCAACUGUUGACGUUUUGUAAAACACUUCCUCAGAGCCCAUUCAAUUUUACCGGCCCUGAGGGGCCUCUAGGAGGUCUGUGCAAUGGCGUCAGGGCCGCCGGAAAAUCCAUUUGCGGACCUCGACAGCCAUAUACAAAAGCUACUUAAAUGCGAGCCGCUACCGGAGGCCGAUGUAAAGGCGCUCUGCGAGAAGGCAAAGGAGAUCCUUGCGGAGGAGUCUAAUGUACAGCCAGUGCGCUGCCCUGUCACAGUUUGCGGAGACAUUCAUGGCCAGUUUAACGACUUGUUGGAAUUAUUCCGCAUUGGUGGUGACAGCCCUAACACGAACUAUUUGUUCAUGGGCGACUAUGUCGACCGAGGGUACCACAGCGUUGAGACGGUGUCUCUCUUGGUGGCGCUGAAAGUGCGCUUCCGUGACCGUAUAACCAUCCUACGAGGGAACCACGAGAGCCGGCAGAUCACGCAAGUGUACGGCUUCUACGACGAGUGUCUCCGCAAGUACGGCAGCGCGGAGGUGUGGAAGGCCUUCACGGACCUCUUCGACUACCUGCCUCUCACCGGGCUGGUGGAGGGGAAGAUCUUCUGCCUGCACGGCGGCCUGUCGCCCACCCUGGAGGCGCUGGACCACAUCCGAGCGCUGGACCGCAUCCAGGAGGUGCCCCACGAGGGCCCCAUGUGCGACCUGCUGUGGUCCGACCCGGACGACCGCGGCGGCUGGGGCAUCUCCCCGCGCGGCGCCGGCUACACCUUUGGCGCCGACAUCUCCGCCGCCUACAACCACGCCAACGGGCUGGACCUCAUCUCGCGCGCGCACCAGCUGGUGAUGGAGGGCUACAACUGGUCGCACGAGCAGCAGGUGGUCACCAUCUUCUCGGCGCCCAACUACUGCUACCGAUGCGGCAACCAGGCGGCCAUCAUGGAGGUCAGUGACGACAUGUCGCGGACCUUCCAGAAGUUCGAGCCGGCGCCGCGGCGAGGAGAGCCGGAGACGGUGUUCCGCGCCGGGGGAACCACGCCGGACUACUUCUUGUAAUCUACUCCGGGUGAGGAGGAUGCGGAGGACGGCGGCAGGAGCAGCGACGGUGGCGCUGUCACGGAGUGUCACAACCCGGGGAAGCUCCAUUCGGUCGGGGUUUGGGAUGGCCGACUUUGCUUGGGGCUGCUGCACAGCUUAGCAUCAGAGCAGUUGGGCGGGUUGGAGUGCCCGCUGCGCUGCUGUGCCUUUGCCAUACAACAAGAACUCUGUUGUGGCAUGCAGGCGUGUGGAAGCAGGGGGGUGUGCGGCAUGCAUGCAUGUUCGCUGGGGGUGUGGGGAUCUGGAAGGGUGUGUGGGGGGGAUACUUGCAGGUGACGGCGGUGCGGGCUGGCCAGCUUGGCUGCGUGUGCCUGCGUAUGGAAGGAGGAGCCUGGCAAGGGUUGGGUUCACAGCGGCGGGCGGUGUGCUGGGAGACAUGUUGUGGAUGGAGGGUUAGAGAGAAACCUAAUCACUCCGAAGGAAACCGGUGUGCAUGGGGGGCCACGGGAGGUGUUUUAGGAGUACGAGGGGGCAUGGUGCAAUAAAUGGUUCAGUUGGCUUUGAAAGGUAGUCUUUUUGCAUGUUGGGCGUAUCCCAAUAGCAAGUCGCGGUGCUUUGAACGAAAGGAUUGUGUUCCUUGGAUUGCGUUUUCAGAUUAUAGGUGGGAAGGCUAAUGUGGGGUAGAUACACGCAAUCACGUCGCACACACCACGUGGGUGUUCCUCUUGCUGCCGCCGCACCAGUGCAUUUGCACGGAGUUGUGCUGGGCUGCAUGUGCAUGCUGGCGGCGGUUGAUUCAUCAUUGUUUGCGUACAUCUGGGCGUUUGGGGAGAGGGUUGUUGCUGCGUCUGCGUGGUUUUCGUCAUCUUUCGUCUCUUAUCUGGGCCAGCUGCGGAGCAGAUGGGGAACCGCGUGGAUGUUUUGGGGGCCGUGGUUCAGUGGUUGUGCCGCGAGCAGUCGCAGUGAGUUCCUAUUGGGCCUUCAGGACUUGCUGUGAUUUAGCUUCCGUCAUGUGCGCUCCUGUUUCGUCUCUCAAGCAUGCUUCACGGGAGUAGAUUACCGGUAGUGCUUUGUGCUGGCCGCGGGCUGCUGUGUGCCGCAGGUUGGGCUGCGCAUUGUUGCGUUGUUCUUUAGCUACUACUUUGUGCUUAUUGCUUUUGUUCUUGAUACCCGCAGGCAGCUUGUGUGGUUCAGCCAUGCGGCGCGUUUGGGUCCCAUUGUGGGGGGCCUUGCGUUUACCGGAUAUGGCGGGAGGAUAUGGGAGGGCCUUGCGUGCAUGGGCCUGCGCACAGCACCGGAC